AUGGCUGAACACAGCUCCCAAUCUAGAAACGGUUGCACGCAUGGAUCCGAACUCAAUCUUAAGGAGGAUAUCGCUGCCGAACUCGAAGACUUCAUGUUACUAACACGUCUGGGUAUCUAUGACGAAGCCAGCGAGUUUGUUAACCAGGUGCUUUGGCCUCAUUUGUCUUGGUUUCCUGUCGCAGCAGAGGGUCUGGGUUUCUUUCGCGAGCAGCACGACUACAAUGGUCUUAGACGGGUCCUCAGCGAACUAGCUAUGAGAGACAUCAAAUUUCAAUCAACGCAUGAGCAGAAGCUCAUAAGUAUGUACGAGGAUGUGUAUGAUACAAGAUCGGCAACACUCGGCCACAGGUUACGAUAUCUAGCAUAUGAAAGCAUGUCGAUGUCUACAUUAGAUUACAUUUCGUUCGUCGCUCUACACAUAGCCGAGCUACAUAUUUACGCCAAGACAACUGCAACCAAUCUUGAUAUAUUUGGUGAAGAAGCGAGCAAUCAUAUAGAUGGACUGCUCAAGCAUGGUUACUUCUGGGAAGCGGGGCGUGUCUUUGCGAUCUGCUCCAAUGUGAACAAGCAGUGGGAAAAAUCCACAUCCGACCGGCGCCACCAGCACUAUGCUGCCCUUGCUAAGGUGUACGAGACCUUGAUCCUGCAGCUUUCUACAGAACCUUCACAAGACGGUCAUCCUUCCGAUUCCGUUACUCGAAUCUUGACAGCUAUAUCUGUCAAACAGGCAUGGCUCGAAUUCACGGUACGUCACAACCUGCAACAACUCAAUAUCAUGAAGACUUUCGAGCUAGAGUAUUUAAACGAAAGCUGUGGCUUGGGACUAUACCUGAUUUUCGCGGAAGUUUUCAGCACCGCACCUCGUGGAACACGAUUUCAUACUUUUGAGAGACUUGGUCAAGUACUUAGUGUUCUACAUGAUGGAAAGCAGAGCCUCGAAGACCUUCCGGCUUCUGCAAAAGACACACUUAUCGGGCUCGAGCUUGGCCUGAAGGGAAUUGUGCAAGGAUAUACUGACCUUCUAGGAGCCGACCAUGCAGCAACGCGAAACGCGGCCGACAAGCUCUUCAUCCUCGAACACACUCGAGAAAAUUUCGAGCGCCUACAGUUGGAGCAUGGAAACGAGUCGUUCGGAAGUAGCAAUACGAUGGGCGAGAAGCGCAAUGAACUCCAAGCAUUGGCUCAAGGACCCAAUCCCCACGAUUCUAAUUGGAGAGCUAUCUUUAGCCAGGUCGUAUAUGGUCUACAUAUCUUGCCCCUGAUAGCGACAGCUUUGCUUACCUGGGUGAACCUAACUGGCUAUCUGCUCGAGAGUUACAAAGAAAAACUUCUGUCAACACGUAUUACAAUGGCUUCGACGUUUGUGCAGUUGAUUUUCUGUGCAUCAAUCAUGGAUAUAGUCGGCAUUCACGGCUCGAGACAACCUCCUCGAUUUGGAGCAUCACAUAGAAUGCGAGUAUCUUCUGAACUGGAGGAGUUGAACUACAUCUUUUCCGGUCAAUCCAAGAGAUGGUCGAUACUUCCCAGGUUGUCCCGAGGACCCAAUGGCAGCCGGUGGUUUCCGUGGCAUCCGGCAUCACUCGCCCUCGAUAUCAUCGCCAUGCUUAUAGUUGCGGUCGCAAUAAGCCCUGCACUUUCGCUUUUGGCCAUACCUAGCAAGCAUGAUCGAUGGCUUGUCGGCGGCAAAGAUAUUUGGCUUUUGGCGGCUGAUCAUACUCUCUGGCCGGACAUUCUGGGCAGUGAGCAUGCGAAGGACAACGACUAUUUACCACUAUACACAGGAUUAGGGCAUUCCACGAUCUCGAGCAUGCCUGACCUCGUCUGGUACGGACAACCCUUGCUUGGUGAGAGUCUUAGCCAUGACUUGAACCUCUCAAGCAACUGCUUGACUAUCAGACACAAGGGAGAUGAGGACGCGUUCAAAGUACAAGGCAACUCUGCGACUUGGGCUGUUGCUGCACAUGCUGUAAGUAUUCUCCAGGCUCAAAACUUAGUUACCCAAUGGUAUCGGACGGACACGACUGCCACAGAUAGUGGGAAAGAUCAACCAUUGACAAGACUCAACCAUGGAUUUCUGAGUACGGCAUAUACCACAAUGCACACCUGGAAUCCUGUAGUCAAAGUGCUUUGCAACACAGUACAUCAACCUUUACCGAGGAAUGGCAGUGUCAAUUUACUAUUUCCUACAGUGUCUCCUUUCGAGGUUUCGCGUGGCUCGACCAAUCGACAUCUUGACAUCGAAGUUGACCCUAGGAAUACAGUGGGUCUGCCAAUACAGUGGGCAACGUUGCCCGAAGCCGCAAUGAAGAAGCUUCUCAGCGCCGCUGCAAUCGUCACAUUCCAGCGUGGACUGCAUGAAGGAGAAGAGCCUGUAAGACUACAUACACUUACAUGCUCUGUAAAGGCCAGCUGGAGUCAGGGAACGUUGAUUCAAAAUCUUGGACCCGCAACAGAGCAAACCCAUGAACCAACCUCUUUCUUGGAGCGAGAGCACAGUGAACGGUACUUUCGUGGUCUGCGGGCGUCAAGUCAGAUGGAGGCGUCACGGCCUGUACGUAUGGAUCCAGGUUGGCUCGACACUCUGGCCCCCUGCUUGUCUCUAGACAUGCUGAACCUUGCUAGAGACGACACGACAGGAUCUGCGGUGCGCUUGGACGUCAUUCCCAACAGAGUGGAGUGUAUACUCGCUCGCUGUCUGGUACGUGAGAUGUCACAGUCUGGUAUGGCUGAGCACACUCGCAACACGCAACGGCUCGGAUCAACCACGAAACAGGAACACGUUUCAGAAAUUAGGAAGCAAACUGAGGGCGAGGAUUCUAUCGACUACUUGGGCCACAGACGACUUACUGAACCGUUCCCAGAUGGCUUCAAUACAAGUUGCUUCACCCCUUUACGCGGGAACGUGUACGUUUCCGGAUACGCCUACAGUGCCGACAGCACGGCUCACUAUCUGGCUUUGGCUUUAUUGUUUCUGCAUGCACUGUUGGUGAUUGGUUACCUACCAGCACUGUUGAGAUCGCAUGGAUAUAGAUCAAUUCGGAAGUUCGAGACGAACGUCGCAGAAUCUUUGGACAAAGUUGAGGAUAAGUCACAGCUAGUCGAGCUAAAAGGUGACACCGCUUACAAACAUGGCUCAAGGUGA